GCGGGAGGUUCCGGGCCCGGCCGGAGCUUCCGGGAGCGGCCGCGCUGAGGGGCAGGAGGAGGAGGCGGAGAAAGAGGAGGAGGAGGAGGAUGAAGAAGGAGCAGGUGGUGCACUGCCAGUUCUCCGUGUGGUACCCGCUCUUCAAGGCCGUCACCAUCCGCAGUGUUAUUCUUCCCCUGCCAGAGAAUGUGAAAGAAUAUUUGCUGGAUGAUGGAACGCUCGUGGUUUCCGGAAGAGAAGAUCCACCAAGUCACGCUCAGGAGGGCAGUGAUGACACAGAGGAGAUCCAGUGGUCAGAUGAUGAGAACACUACAACCCUUAAGGCACCAGAAUUCCCUGAGUUCACAUCUAAAGUGGAGGAAGCAAUAAGUUCCUUGGGUGGAAGUGUUUUUCCUAAACUUAACUGGAGUGCUCCAAGGGAUGCCUACUGGAUAGCAAUGAACAGCUCUCUGAAAUGCAAAGCUCUCAGUGACAUCUUCCUCCUCUUCAAGAGUUCAGACUUCAUUACUCGUGACCUCACUCAGCCAUUUAUCCACUGUACUGAUGAUUCCCCCGAUCCUUCCCUGAACUAUGAGCUUGUUCUUCGCAAAUGGUGUGAACUGAUCCCUGGUGCAGAAUUCAGGUGUUUUGUCAAGGAAAACAAGCUUUUAGGUAUAUCCCAGAGGGACUACACCCAAUACUACGACCACAUCUCCAAGCAACACGAGGACAUCUGCAGAGCCAUCCAGGAGUUCUUCCAGAAACACAUACAGUAUAAAUUCUUGGAUGAGGACUUUGUGUUUGAUGUGUACAGAGACAGCAGGGGUAGGAUUUGGUUAAUAGAUUUUAACCCUUUUGGUGAAGUAACAGACUCCCUACUCUUUACCUGGGAAGAACUGACCUCUGGGAAAAACUUGAAAGGAGACCAGAGUGAAGGGGAAGCAACAGAGCAGGAUUAUCCGGUUUUCCGCUGCACCAACAGCCAAGUCACUGUCCAGCCCAGCCCCUACCUGAGCUACCGACUGCCCAAGGACUUCGUGGACCUUUCCACGGGAGAGGACGUUCACAAACUCAUCGACUUCCUUAAGCUGAAGAGAAAUCAGCAAGAUGAUGACUGAGGACCCCAGAAGCAU